UAACUUGAAUUCUACUGACUUGAUUGCUGAUCUGUUUUGGAUUAACUGAUGCAAAAUGUGUCUCCCAGAUACAGAUUGCAGAGGUUCCAAAAAUCCAAACAAGCUAAUAAAAACCACAUCAGUUUUAUCUCCUCGAACGCAAAUCACAAGACAGCAUCACUUGCCCAGUUUGGGGGUGUCUUCUCAACAAUCUUCUGCUCAUCACAAAACUCAAGGCAGAAGCCCUCUUCAAGCUGUAAGAAAAACAGAUUGUGAGAAUGUGCGAGAAGAGGACCACCGAGACAAGAAUUGUAAUGUUGGUCUUUCUCCAGAGGAACAUAGAGAGAAACAAGCUAUAGAUGAAGUUAAUUCACUGUAUGAAAUCCAAUUCCAGGAUGAAGAAGCUUUUCCUGCGCUUUUGAAUACAUCUGUGUCUCAAGUAGCUACACAGACUAAUGAGACCUCUGCAUGGCAAACAUCCCAAGUUCCUAACGGGAGAAGAAUCGGCAACCUGAAGGAAGAACAGGUGAUAAAAAAUAAAGAUGAAAAGGAUAAGAAAGUGUCUAAUCUUGAGCAGAUUCUCUCAAAUCAGAAGCUAGAUCCCAGAAUGUCUAAGGACACUAAGGAGGAUGUAGCUGUUGCAGGUAUAUCAUCUCCCUCAAGCAAUGGAAAUAUUCAUUCACCGUCAGCUGAGCAGAAAUCGUUAUCAGUUAUGAAUGCUACCCCAUCUUCAACUGUUCCUGAAAUACAUUUGCCUCCCACUGUGCCUUCUGCACCAGCUGUUGUGCCAGCUUGGUCAAGUGAAUCAACAGACUAUGGAUUAACAGGUGUUCCAUCCCAAAUUCCUGUAUCAUCUGUGAUACCAACACCAACCGCUGGAGUAGAUUCAACUAUGAGUCAGGCAACCUCCAAUCCAGUUGCUGCCAUUCCAGUAACACUCCAAGCAGUUAGUCAGCCUUUAAUAUCUAUGCCUCAAACACUGAAUCUUUAUCAGGAUCCCUUGUACCCUGGAUUCCCAAUUAAUGAAAAGGGGGAACGAGUUAUUAUUCCUUCAUAUUCUUUAUGUGGUACAGGAGAAGAUCUACCAAAUGAUAAAAAUAUCCUCAGAUUUUUCUUCAAUCUUGGUAUAAAGGCAUACAGUUGUCCCAUGUGGGCACCGCACUCCUAUUUGUACCCUCUACAUCAAGCUUACCUGAAUGCCUGUAGAAUGUAUCCAAAGGUGCCAGUUGCAAUGUAUUCUCAUCAUCCUUGGAUGCAGGAGAUACCUUUGACUCAGAAUGAAAAUGAACAAAUAGAUGGACCAUUCCAUGUACCAAAUGACGUCAGAAUGAAUGGACAAAGUCUGCAGACUGAUCCUAUGUCUUCACCCAUGCCCCUGUUUAUACAUGCUACCCAAGUGCCUGAAAGUCAAGGACUUGUCUGCGUAGAGUCUGAGAAUCCAGCACAAGCAUUACACACUGGUUAUGAGGAGUCCCUAGGAGGCAAAAAUAUAUUUCCACAACCUCCUUUUGGGCAGAAUCCAUUUUUAGGUUCUGUACCACUUGCAUCAGUUUUCCCUCAAUUUUGGUAUGGAUAUCCUGUUCCAGGUUAUAUUGAAAAUUCUGGAUUGAGGCAAGUUGUGGCACAGGAGGCCAAGAGAGGUGAUACGGUCUUGUCUGUGGAGGAAACUUCUUCAGUUCCAGUUGCUGAAUGUGCCGAGCCACUUCAGGAAACCAAGGGUGAAAGAAAUCUCCAAGGCAUACCUCUCCCUAAAACUGCCAUCAAGAAUGAAUGUGAUGUCCUAAAUAAAACCUCAGCCGGAGUGCCUAAGGAUCAGCAGACCAGUCCUCCUAUCCCACCUGCUACCCAAACAAAAUUUCUACUCCAAAACCUCCUUCCCACAGAAACACAGGACAUCAAGAGACAAACAUCAGCUUCAAAAUCUGAAUUUAAAAAUGUUCUUGGCCAUAAGGAAAAGAGUAACAAAUCUAAUGCAUUUAUAUCAGCAAGUGGGGAGGAAAGUAAAGUACCAAGGGCAAGGGAAGAGAGCUCUGAAGAUGAGCAUGAAGUAUCUGAUAUGCUUAUAAGCGGCCGAUCAAAACAAUUUUAUAAUCAAACUUAUGGUGGUGGUAGAAGACCUAGAAGUGAAAGGAGCUAUCUACCUGGGAGAGGAAGAUAUCAACAUCCCAAAAAUGAACCAUGGAAGGGGUCACCUACUCGAAAUAGAGGGGAAGGCUCGCAUUAUCAUCGUAAUUUCAGAGGGAGGCCAUAUCGGAAUGAGAGAAGGUCAAACAUGGGAGAUAGUUACCGAGGGCUACAGUUGUCUUAACUAUCAAAUCUAGACAUUCAGCAUGCAUAUAAAUGCUGAGAUAUAUGCUCAAGGCUUACAUUUCUGUUUUGUUAAAGAUCAGAGUAUUUUUUUGUUUUGUCAAAGGAAAGAUGGGCCUUUCAGAAAUUUAAGUGGUUAGGUAUUUUAAUUUGGUAAUUGAUAAAAACUAAUUUUGCUUUAUUUAAUUUCUUAAGACUAAAUACGAUUGUGUUUUAAACAUAAAAAUUGUGUUUUUGUUUGAGUUUUAUUUUUCCCAUAAAGAUUUAAGUUUGUGAUAGAGAAGAAAGAAGAUAUAGUGAAAAGUUAACUGGUUAUUUCAUAUCUGAUGAUAAAGAAUGAUGCACCAAAUACAAUGUAUAGCAUUGCAUAUGGUAUGUUGAAUCUGAGAACUCUCAAAUCACUAUUUUUGAUAUACUUCCAAUCCAAAGCUUUUCAUCUCAAAAAAACUUGUGAAACUUGAAUAUGUGAGACUUUAUUUUGCUUUACUUAAAAUACCUUAAUUUUUUUGCAAUCACUAUUUUUGUGUCUUAAGAUGGUUUACUGUUUUAUAUCCAUAGUGGUUGUGUGUGUGUGUAUUUGUGUAUUUCUUGAACUACUUAAAAACAAUCAAGAAUCUCCAUAUAUCACGUGGGUAGUAUACUCAGUUGGUAACAAAUUCUUCCAAGGAGUCCUAACGCAGGAAUGACUAAUAGUGCCUAUGAGAAAAUAUGUAUAUAAGACAAAAGUAGAUUCCGUGCAUUUCCAAAAUAAUUUUACACCUGUUACAAACGAACUUUUAAGAUAGUUUUGCACUGAAAAUUCCCUAAAUGAACUAUGGGGGAGAUGCAUGAAAUAGAUUAAACUGCAUUUGUCUUGUACUGUGGGUUGAAGCUUUUUUCUUUUGUUGUUGAAUGUUUGCGUUGGUUUAUAAAAGUGAUUAUUUUCAAAAAAAUUGUUAUUAUAGUGUGUGAUUUCUAAUUACACAAUCUGUGUGCUUUCCUUUGGUAUUGCAAAAUAUUGCAAACCUAUAUUUCAUUUUUAU